AUGGAAGAGCCAAUCCAUGGCAGCCAGAGGGAGGACAUCAAGCAGUACCUGCGCAGGAUGGAGAGGGUGAUUGCCCAGGCAGAAGAGCUGCACUCGCACACAGUGGUCCAGAGCAACUCGAGCAUGCGGAGAUCAAACUUCAGCAGGCGGAGAAGCUACAGUGGCAACGGCAGCUGCCCUGAGGAGCCAGCAGGGGCCAAAGAACCCACCAACCCCUUGAGGAGGUCUUACUGCGUGGGCACAGAUGGCUGCAGGGAGCCUGCAGCAUGCCUGCCAGGGAGGGAGCUGACAGCCGCUGGCAGCAGGACAGCCGAGGCACUGCUUGACUCCGGAGCCACUCUGUCAGACUGGAUGGAUGAGGAAGCUGUGGUCAGCGCACAGCCUAGCGCACAGAGACUAGGCUUGGGGGCCACAGGACAGCCUGACUGCGCAGCCAGCCCCAUCUCAGGAGAGGUGUUGCUGGAUCCUGAGGCAUGCCUCACCUUCAGGAUUGGCAGCGACGGAGUUCCCGUCAGUGAGUCUGACUGCGACUCGGUCCUCAUUGCUAGCCCUGUCAGAGGCGGCAUCGACCAGGUUUAUGGGACGCCCCCGCGCAGAGGGCCUUCCACAGUGGCCUCCCCGCUGAGCAGAGGUUACGUGACCGCCGCUGCCUCGCCUGCGCCCUCCCUGCCACAGGAAGAGUUCUCGCCUGCGCGCAACACUGCCGUGCAAGAUACCUUGGAGGAGCAAGCGGCCAAGUUCAGUCCACACAGCUACCCAGUCACAAUCUCUGCCAACACCUUCUGUGCCAGCGAGCAGCCGUCCCAGUCCCUGGCAGCCUCCCAGUCUCACCUCACCAGUUCAGUGCGGAACGGCUUAAUCCGCCCUGCCGCGCCGAUCGAGGCACACGCAGUGUCAGACACAAUGGGAACCCUAGGAGGCAAGGGAGAUACAGCGGACACAGCAGACUCUGGGGGGUCCGAGGGGGACCCUUUCCUGACCCCAGAGGACAGCGCUCAGGGGAAUGGCUCGGCUGGCACUGACCAUACACACAGCCAGGUCAGCACCGGGGCAUAUCAGCCACCAUGCCAGCACAUGCUGACUCAGCAUGAUCCGCUCAGCGCUGACGACACAGCGGCGCUGCUCGGCGUGGAGGUUGGUGAGGGCGCUGCUGUGGCCGACGUUGUCAGGUUCCUCGCGUCCGCAUCAUCGUCGAAUGUCAGCCGGCGUGCUGACUCAGCGAGCGCCUCGAUGGGCAGCACGGCUGUGGGUGUAAUUGCUCCAAACGGCGGGCAUCACAGGCAGCGCAAGCAGGCCGCUGAUGAGACACAGAUAGGGAGGAACGGUGGCGGCGACGCAUACAAAUCUGCUGCGAAUUCUUCUUCCUUGAAGGGGAGUGCCAACACGGCAGCCCCUGUGGCUGUGCAUGGCAAGGCCGAUCCAGAGGGGGGCGAUGCAAAGGAGGAGCGUGUGAGUGUAGCUUAUGCGGCUGGCAGCAGCAUGGAGGGAGAUUCCCAGGGCGCGGAGCCGGGUCAGGCGAGCAAGGAUCAGGGUGAGAGGAAGCGCAGCGCGCUGGAGAAGCUGAAGGGCCGCCUGCGCAACCGCCAGCAAGAUGCGGUCAGCCGCAGCAGGGAGAAAUUGGUGGGUGGAGCGGAGCCUGAGGCAAUGCCAAUCGCCGCUCCUUCCAGCGCCGCAGACGAUGGGGCGCAGCCGCAGCCGUGGCCGAGCCAGCCCCUGCGGAGCCCCUUAAAGUCUCUCAGCCGGCCGGUCACCCCGCGGGGGGAGUCCCCCUCCCGGAUCCCCCGCCCCAGCUCGGCGUCCUCGCAGCCCGGGUCCCCCCGCAUCCGCGCCAUGAUCCCCUCGCGGCUGCCGCGCCCGCCGACGCCCGGCACGCCAAAGCUGGAGUCCCCCAGAUGCCCGGUGGCUGUCCAUGUCGCGCGAUUCCCGACGCCCCGCUCCCCCGGCCGCGUCCCGAACAUCUCUCCGGAGCCGUCGCGGCCUGCCCCGCUUCCGGCCACCACGGCGGCGGCCGUUUCGGCACCCGCGCGGCCGUUCCCGCACCCGCCGAGCGGCCUGUCGCGCCCCGGCAGUGCGCGCCCGGACUUCCACCUCGCCGACGACGGCGCAGUCACCUUCCCCGGCGUGUCACGGCGUACCUCCGCUGCCGAGCUGGACGCCCUGACAAGUGACGGCAGCCUGCAGCCUUCCAGCAAUGGGCCGGCCAGCAGCGGCUGCACCAGCAGCGGCUCGGCGCACACCCUCUCCCAAGAGCGCUCCGGCCGGAGCGGCCGCCGCAGCCGUGCCGCCAGCUCGUCAACCGGCUCCAGCUGCACGGCUGAGUCAAAGGCGGGCCCCACCGUCUCUGCCGCGCCGGCAUCGCCGAGGUCGGUCAGUUCCAAGGCUGCACAGAGGGUGCGUCACAUGGGCCCCAGCGAGGCAGGCGGGAGCAAUGCUGCCACAGUUCACAGACGCGCUGCCGCAAGCUGCGCCUCUGACGGGUCGGCUGUGUUGCCUUCCAGGCCAAGCACGUCGCCACCACAGGCGAGCAGAUCGACAUCCUCUUCAGCAGUAAACGGCGACCUGCGCAGCUCUGGGAAGCAGACUGCUAAGAACGGGUCUGGAUACUCAAACAUCAAGCCGAGGACCAACAGCCACCUGGACCUGAACUACAUCCCAGUGACAAAGCCCAGCCGCCGGCAGGAUGUACCCACGGUCCAGUCAGCCGCAGCAAAGCCGGCCUGGGGGACUGGGGGGACCUCUGCCACAUCAGGAGCCGGCCGCAGCGAGCGCUCAACCUCGACUAAGGCGGAGCAGUUGAGGGAUGGUCGCAGCAGCGCAAGGGGCCGCGAAACUACGAUGCAGCCAGCGGAGAAGCUUCCGUAUGAUGCUCUGUUGGGUCAUGUCACGAACCUUCUGACAGAAGUGCGCACUGCUCUACGCCAGUAG